UCAUCAACCCAACAACGAAUCUUAAUCGGAAGUUCUAUCGUUCUCGAGAUAAUAUCAAAAGAAACAGAGAAAAGAGCUUGGAUUUGGUAGUUAUGAAAACUCCCAGAUACAUGGAAGGUUUGGGCUUCAACCCUUUUGAAAUCCUUACUGAAGAAAUUCUCUUUUUGAUUCUCGACUUCCUCGAUGAAAACCCUCUCGACAAGAAAUCAUUCUCUCUGGUCUGCAAAUCCUUUUACACCGCCGAAGCUCGACACCGGAAGACUCUGAAGCCUCUCCGUUCUGAGCUACUCACCACAAUCCUUGAACGAUAUCCGUCUGUUACGCAUCUCGAUCUCACGCUUUGCCCUCGGAUUAUCGACAACUCACUUAUCCUCAUCUCUUCGGUCUGUAACUCGUCUUUGCGUUCCAUUGAUCUCUCAAGCUCCAAGUGUUUCUCCCAUGUUGGGCUUUCCAAUUUGGUUUUAAAUUGUUCGUCUUUGGUCGAGCUCGACCUGUCUAACGGUACUGAGCUCACGGACUUUGCCGCUGCUUCGAUAGCUGAGGCGCGGAAUUUGGAGAAGUUGUGGUUGGCGAGGUGUAAAUUGAUUUCUGAUUUGGGGAUUGGAUGUAUUGCUGUUGGAUGCAAGUUGCUGAAAUUGAUCAGCUUGAAGUGGUGUUUGGGUGUUACUGAUUUGGGGGUGGGUUUGCUUGCCAUCAAAUGCAAGGACAUCUGUAGUCUGGAUCUCUCUUACGUUCCGAUCACAAAAAAAUGCCUUCCCUCUAUCUUGAAACUACAAAAGCUUAAAGAUUUGGUUCUUAUGGGAUGCCUUGGUAUUGAUGAUGCUGACCUUGCAACCCUCAAACAAGGAUGUACCUCACUACAGACACUCAACAUGUCAUGCUGUCAAAAUGUGACACAUGAAGGUUUGUUUUCCCUAACAAAUGGAGCCGGAAGUCUGCGUCAACUUAUCUUAGCAUAUGGCUCUCCUGUUACGCUUGCUCUGGCUGGAACCUUGCAAAAGUUCUCAAAAUUGCAGUCCAUCAAAUUUGAUGGUUGCCUAGUCACUACUGAUGGGCUAAAAGCCAUUGGAGAUUCUUGCAUCUCACUGAGUGAAUUGAGCUUAAGUAGGUGCUUAGGAGUGACAGAUGAAGGUCUAUCUUCCAUCGUGACAAAACACAAAGAGUUGAGGAAGCUGGACAUAACGUGCUGCCGCCAGAUAACUUGUGCCUUCAUUUCCAGCAUCACAACUUCAUGCACCUCUCUCACUUCCCUCAGGAUGGAAUCUUGUAGCUUUGUUUCAAAGGAAGCCUUUGUUUUGAUUGGACAGCAUUGCCCUUUAUUGGAGGCACUAGAUGUGACAGACAACAGAAUUGAUGAUGAAGGUCUAAAUUCCAUCUCAAGGUGUUCAAAUCUCUGUAGUUUAAAAAUAGGGAUUUGCCCAAACAUUACCGAUGAGGGACUUACUCGUGUUGGCAUGUCUUGUCCAAAACUUAAAGAACUCGAUUUGUACAGGUCUCUGGGAGUAACUGAUUUAGGCAUUGCAGCAAUUGCUUCUGGUUGCUCUAGGCUGGAGAUUAUUAACAUAGCCUAUUGUAAAGAUAUAACCGAUCAUUCCUUAAGAUCAUUGUCAAAAUGUGUAAGGUUAAAUACGCUUGAAAUUCGAGGAUGCCUUCGUAUUUCAUCAUUGGGUCUUUCAGCCAUUGCCGUGGGCUGUAAGCAACUGAAAAAGCUAGACAUAAAGAAGUGCUACAAUAUUGAUGAUGCGGGAAUGCUUCCUCUAGCUCACUUUUCCAAAAACCUCAGAGUGAUAAACUUUUCAUAUUGUUCCAUAACGGAUGUUGGACUUUUAGCAGUAGCCAGCAUCAGUUGUUUGCAGAGCAUGACCAUCUUGUACCUAAGGGGUUUGACUACAAAUGGCUUGGCAGCAGCACUACUGGCAUGUGGUGGGCUAACAAAAGUGAAGCUCCACGCAUCCUUCAGACCCUUGCUCUCCAAACCUUUUCUCAAACACAUUGAAGCCCGUGGUUGUGAUUUCCAAUGGAGGGAUAAGCCAUUCCAGUGUGAAGAAGAUGAGUAGGGAUGAAAACUGCUGGCAGAAGUGGUCUGAGGAGUUUUGGCGUGGGAAGGAUAGGAACUCCUUAAAGGGAGUUGGUCCCAAGCUGUACAUAUAAAGCAAGUUUGUAAGGUGUCUCUUUGGGUUAUAUUCCCUCUUCAUUCAAAAUUGUGGACGGCUGGCUUCAUUUUAUUUGCCAUGGUGGUCCUUUCAACAGCUGGUUAUCAUCUCAAGAAUCUGAGAAAAGAUUUUACCAAGAAGGAAAGUUGCCUUCUGUCUAAUUUUAGGAUUAAGUUUUCCUUCAUCCGUGGAGUA